AUGUCUGGGCGAGGCAAACAAGGCGGCAAGGCUCGUGCCAAGGCUAAGACCCGGUCUUCGCGGGCUGGGCUUCAGUUCCCCGUGGGCCGAGUGCACCGUCUGCUCCGCAAAGGCAAUUACGCUGAGCGGGUCGGGGCUGGCGCUCCGGUGUACUUGGCGGCGGUGCUGGAGUACCUGACGGCCGAGAUCCUGGAGCUGGCGGGUAACGCGGCCCGCGACAACAAGAAGACGCGUAUCAUCCCGCGUCACCUACAGCUAGCUAUCCGCAACGACGAGGAGCUUAACAAGCUAUUGGGUAAAGUCACAAUCGCGCAGGGCGGCGUCCUGCCCAACAUCCAGGCCGUGCUCCUGCCCAAGAAGACUGAGAGCCACCACAAGGCCAAGUAG